GUAACACCUGUUGGUUUGAUCGUGGCCACACACAGCUCUCUUGGACUUCCGCACUCCAAGUUAAAGUUGCCAGAUCGGUUUCCACAGAAUGAAACAGACAGCACAGCGUGAUUGGCUAUCCGUGUGGCCUAUAUGUGCGUACCGCCCAGCAGCUCUGCUCUCCACAUCACCGCUGAUUGUGAGUGAAUGAGCUGCAAGAGACGCUCAAAGUCCCGGCUUCUAAACAGUCCCACAGGUGUCAUCCUUCCAAUCAGUGUCAUGAGCUCCCCGAAAAGCCCUGACGGUGCCGGGACAGAUGCUCCUUGCCAGCCCUCCUCCUCAGUUGAGAGCAGUGGGUACACGGACACGGAGCCUCGGCUCCUGACUGGGACUCGGUCCUCCCUCCUGGCUCGACGUCUCAUGCGCUUACAGGCCUACAGUAGCCACUUCACCCCCGUUACGCGCCGGAAGAGGGAGAUGAUCCCAGACGAUAAGAAAGAUGCCAGCUACUGGGACAAGCGACGCAAGAACAACGAGGCGGCCAAGCGGUCCAGGGAGAAGAGGAGGCUGAAUGACCUGAUGAUAGAGGGCCAGUUACUGGCUCUGAGUGAGGAGAACGCCCAGCUGCGGGCUCAAGUGCUUAACCUGCAGUACAUCAGUACCCUGAGCAUAGAAAAAACCAAAGCACCCUCUCCCUCUGCGACAUCAACAGCGCCUGUCCUAGCGCCCACUCUGCCUUUGUCGCCCAUACCUCCCCACACCCCUUCUCUCUUCCAGGCAGGAAUCAGGGCUGUGCGACAACAGGAAACGGCACUGAACCAGUAUGAGUCCAAGCUCCCUUGUUUUGGCUCAACUAGAGGUAUUUUUAAUCCACUAGGCCAUCGCAAUUGUGGGACACAGCCAGGCAUCCUUCCUCUCACCGGCUCCGGUGUCCUUUCGCUCCGAGAUAGUUUAGGGAGCGGAAGAUCAGGGGAGGUGGGAGUGGAUGCCCAGCGCCAGGUCUCCUCCGCCGAUGUCAUCCCCAUCUCCCCCAGUGUAUCUUCCCCACCCGUCUCUUCCUUCUCAGCAAUCAUGUCCUCUCCUGACACUCUCCACCAUGCCUCUGCGCUCUCGUACCCACCCCAAAACUGGCUGGUGCCCCAGCUGAACCACCCGGCGGUGUGUAAUAAUCUUCUUCUGCCCUGGCGGUCCUCCUACCUGGCUCCGUCGGCCGUCUACUCCGGCCUGCCUCUCCACUUACAAGAAAGGCAAAGCCAGGGUGUCGGGGUGGAGGCGCACAUUCAGAGGGGGCUGAAGAGUCGGUUCAGCAGUGCAACGCCUGGUUUGUCUCAGCUCGGGAUGCAUCUCAGUUCUGGGGGACGCUGACUGGACAGAUUAACCGUUAAGGUGUAACUUACAAGAAGUUUUUAAAAAAUCCCCAAACUUAACGUGAUUCCAUAUGCGUCCAAAUAUGAUGUGAGGUGAAGGCUUUUGCAGUUACUGUUUUUUUUGUUUGCCAGUAAAUAUGCAGCCCAAAAAGAAUGAAACGUGUGCAGUGGGUCAUAAUGAAAAUGUGAACAAUUAAAAAACGAAAUAAACAACCUUCACGUGGCCUAUAUUCCCCGAAAGAUCGGCCAUGAACAAUGUAUUUUACCACGAGCUACACGGCACGAUUUUCUGUGGUUUUAUUCUGUUUGAAUGAAGCUUUUACGCUCCCGCUCUUUGUCUGCAUUUGUUUUAUACAAUGAAAUAUUAAUGUAUAAUGUAAUAAACACACAAGCUGUUUAUUCGUUUUUGUUUUUUAAUGUUACGCCGGACUUUUCUUUUUCAUUCAAAUUAUUUAAUUUCAUUGCAGUAUGCGUAUUUCUUGUACGUUUUUACCCUUUGCCAGUGAUGAAAAACAAAAAAACAAACAAAAAAACACAGCGAUUGCACCAGUGAAACUGUGCG